UCUACCCCUCACUGGGGAUGGGGGGGACGUGGGGUAGCGCUGGCAGUGUCGUCCCCCCACUUCUCUCCGCAGCGGAGGCACCCACUCCAAGGUGGUGCUGGUCUCCGGAGAUGGCCAGAUCCUGGCUGAGACAGAGGGACCCUGCACAAACCACUGGCUCAUCGGCUCUGAGAAGUGCCUGGAGAGGAUCGAGCGGAUGGUCAGCGAGGCCAAGAGCAAAGCCGGGGCUGACCCCCACGUCCCACUCCGCUCGCUGGGGCUGUCCCUCAGCGGGGGUGACCAGAAGGAUGCCAUCAGCAAGCUGACGGAGGAGCUGCACCAGCGCUUCCCCCACCUGAGCCAGAGUUACUACAUCACCACCGAUGCCGUCGGGGCCAUGGCCACCGCCACCGACCACGGGGGCAUUGUCCUGAUCUCGGGUACCGGCUCCAACUGCAAACUCAUCAACCCCGAUGGGUCAGAGACGGGCUGCGGCGGCUGGGGACACAUGAUGGGUGACGAAGGCUCAGCGUACUGGAUUGCGCAUCAGGCUGUGAAGAUGGUGUUUGACUGCAUGGACAACCUGGAGGUGCCACCCCACGACGUGAGCUACAUCAAGCAGGCCAUGUUCGACUACUUCCAGAUCUCCGACAGGAUGGGCCUACUGACACAUCUCUACCGCACCUUCGAGAAGUCCAAGUUUGCGGGAUUUUGCCAGAAGCUGGCAGAAGUCCCCCCGCCCUACCUCACCCCCCAUGGGCUGUCCCUCAGCGGGGGUGACCAGAAGGAUGCCAUCAGCAAGCUGACGGAGGAGCUGCACCAGCGCUUCCCCCACCUGAGCCAGAGUUACUACAUCACCACCGAUGCCGUCGGGGCCAUGGCCACCGCCACCGACCACGGGGGCAUUGUCCUGAUCUCGGGUACCGGCUCCAACUGCAAACUCAUCAACCCCGAUGGGUCAGAGACGGGCUGCGGCGGCUGGGGACACAUGAUGGGUGACGAAGGCUCAGCGUACUGGAUUGCGCAUCAGGCUGUGAAGAUGGUGUUUGACUGCAUGGACAACCUGGAGGUGCCACCCCACGACGUGAGCUACAUCAAGCAGGCCAUGUUCGACUACUUCCAGAUCUCCGACAGGAUGGGCCUACUGACACAUCUCUACCGCACCUUCGAGAAGUCCAAGUUUGCGGGAUUUUGCCAGAAGCUGGCAGAAGGCGCUCAGGCUGGGGACCCGCUCUGCUGCCACGUGUUCAACAAGGCUGGCAAGGUCCUGGCACGCCACAUCGUUGCCGUGCUGCCCAAAAUCGACAGGAGCCUGUUCCUGGGGGAGCUGGGGCUGCCCAUCGUCUGCGUGGGCUCUGUCUGGAACAGCUGGGAGAGGAUGCAGGCAGGGUUCAUCCAGGUGCUGGCACAGGCGCGGGAGGAGGCCCCCGACCACGUCUUCUCGCGGUUCAGCCUGCUGAAGCUGAAGCGUUCCUCAGCCCUGGGGGGGGCCCGCUUGGGCGCCAGGAACAUCGGCCAGGCCCUGCCCUUGGACUACGCCGGCAACGUGGAUGUCUUCUACACCCACGACUUCUAGCCUUGGCCCCCCACCCCCCCCCGGCCCCAGCUCUUGCCCCACAACUCCCCCCGGGGUGGAGGGACACUCUGCACGUGGUGGCGGGGGUUUGGACAAAUGGAUUUUGUAAUUUGGCAAUAAAAAGGUUGCACCACCCAAA